AUGCAUGUACCGCCUCACGCAUAUAGUAAGAUAAGCACAAGCGCUCCUGGGUCGAUUGCCGUACGGCAUGAGUAUGGCAUCUUCAUUCCCAAAGUAGGAUACUCCAUAUGCAAGGUCUUGUCUCCGCCGAGCGUGAGAAUCAUAUCGUACCAGUGCUUCGCCGAGAAGGUCCGGAUGGAGUAUCUCGAGCAUCGCCGAGAGGAUGAUAUGGGGGUGCUCCAUCGCCGAGAGCCACGGUCGGGCGAGCGAGGUCGGUUCCCUCAGCAGCCGCGAUACCUGGGGUGGACCUGUAGUACCCUGUUGCGGAUUAAUACAACAUAUGAUGAUCAGUACGCCAUGGAUGCCCACCGUAUGACCCUGCUGAAACCAGCCGGGCGAGGCAGACAAGCACGACGGCGGGAAGAUUGGACAUUCAUCCGCAUUGCGGUAGUUGUUGAUAUCUUGUCUCCACUUCUCGGUGGUGGUGGGGGGUAG